GUCGUGAUGGGCUGUCUCGAUGGCUUCAACGGCACCAUCUUUGCCUAUGGCCAAACGGGUAGCGGCAAGACUUUUACCAUGCUGGGUAAGGCAAGAGUGAACAUGCAGGGCGUCAUUCCCCGGGCGUGUGACUACAUUUUUGAUCACUUGGUACGUGGAAAGAGCAAUGAAAGCGGAUCAAGCUUCAAGAUCAAAUGCUCCAUGGCCGAAAUUUACAACGAGGCCGUCUAUGAUCUACUCGAUCCAGCGGCCAAGGCUAAACCUGUGCGCGAGGACAACGCCCGAGACAUCGUGUUUGUUGAAGGACAAGAAGAGAAAAUCAUCGGCUCACCUCAAGAGGCCUUGGCCGUUCUGGAGGAAGGCAAUCGCAACCGCCGCGUGGCUGAGACAUCCAUGAAUCGUGAAAGCAGUCGCUCUCACGCUAUUUUCACCCUGAACAUCGAAGGUGGCAUCAAGACAGUGCGAAAGUCCCGGCUAAAUCUUGUUGACUUGGCCGGCUCGGAGCGCCAACGUGACACCCAAGCUGCAGGCGAGCGUCUCAAGGAAGCCAGUCAGAUCAACAAGUCACUCUCAACUUUGGGCAAUGUCAUCAACAGCUUGACUCGCACAUCAAGCAGUGGGCGCCAUGUUCCUUAUCGUGAUUCAAAGCUUACCUUCUUGUUGCGCGAUUCGCUGGGUGGCAAUACCCGAACAGCCCUCAUCGCCACAAUCAACCCCUCCAGCAAAUCAUUUGGCGAGACCCUGUCCACACUUCAGUUCGCGCAACGCGCCAAGCUCAUUCAAAAUCGCACCAAGAAGAAUGAGGGCUUCACUGGCAGCGUAGCCGAGCUGCAAGCUGAGAUUAAGCGGCUCAAAACUGCCCUCGAAAAAUUUGAACGUACGGUCAUUACUACAAGCCGCUUUAACCCCCCAUCACCUCCAAGACCUGUCUUUUGA